GCACACUAAGAAUGUUGAUCCAGUACCUUUUAUAGUCAUACCCCUCAUUCUUGAUCUUUCUAUUCCUUUUCUACUAGGCAUUUUCCACAUGGAUAACUGUGCUUCUUUUAUAUUUCCUUGGAGAGGAGUAGUUUAUCUGUAAUAUAGAACUUGAACAUUAUGAGCAAAAGGCUGCUCUAUGAAUUGGUUCUGGAAUGAAUGAUAUGAUGUCUUCAAUGUUUGGACUCCUUGUUGUGUUAAGAAUUGGGAUUAAGCUUCGAUUCCUUUGUUCUUUUCUCUUUUACAGAUAUGGGGAACUUUCAUCAUGCAAAAGACAUACAAGGGAAAAGAUUACUUGCUGGCUUUUCUAGUGACCAUUGGUUGUUCAGUCUUCAUUUUGUUCCCGGUAAGCAAUAGUCUCUGGCUUAACUGCGUUUUAUCUCUUCUUCUAGAAUUAGAACCUCUUUUUCUUUACUCAUGUUUCACGGUGGAUGUAAUCGUGAUUUGUAUCUUGUAGUCAUCUUGAUUGUGGGAAGAUACUUGCUUUCUGAGUCUCCUUUUCCCUACAGAAUUUUCUAUAUCAUUAUGUUGAUUAUGGCACAUUAAAUGAUUUUCUGACUUGAUUAUAGGCGGGAACUGAUCUAAGUCCAUACAGCAGAGGAAGGGAAAAUACUGUUUGGGGAGUUUCUUUGAUGCUCGGUUAUCUUGGGUACUAUAUGAAACCCAUAUUUUCUUGUGUUAAAUGUAUUUUGAGAUGUUGGUAACUUGUGCAUGAUAGAAUAAAGUGAAAUACUUUGUAUUACCAACAAAUAUGAACUAUUUGUUGCAUUUAAUGGUAUAUAAUUAUUGUAGUUCCGUUCUUGAUGACACGUAAUGGGCAUGUGUAUUUUACAUUGAUCGAGAAGGCAUCCUGUAGUAUGCUUCAAUCCCACUUCUUGGUUCUUGAAACUAUAUAUUUCACCCUAAUUAGAGUUUCAUUUUCACUUCUUUAAAAGUCUAACUGGUUGUCUGCAUAUCCAUAUUUUGGUGAACUUCUAUAGCAUGGAAAGGGCUAAGCAGGAUUUGCAGUUGGGUUUUUCAGAAAGCAUUGUGAAUAUGGCUGAAUUAGUCAUCUGCAUUGCUGACAGGUUUGAUGGGUUUACAAGCACGUUCCAGGAUAAGCUAUUCAAAGGUUAUGAAAUGGAAAUACACAACCAAAUCUUCUACACAACACUGUGUUCCUGUUUUCUUAGUUUCACAGGUCUUAUACUACAAGGACAUCUACUGCUAGCAAUAGACUUCAUUCAUCGCCAUCACGAUUGUUUCCUUGAUGUAGCGUUGCUUUCGACAGUAGCGACUGCUAGUCAAUUCUUUAUUUCCUACACAAUACGAACCUUUGGUGCUCUGACAUUUGCUGCCAUAAUGACAACAAGACAGCUGGUGAGCAUCUUGCUCUCAUGUGUGUGGUUCUCUCACCCUCUUAGUUGGGAGCAAGUGAUUGGAUCUGUUAUCGUCUUUGGUUCUUUAUACGCAAAGAACUUGUGGAAAAGUGCACCUCCAAAGUCUCCACCCCAGCAGCCUUCAGGACCUGAACUAGUAGAAGAAGGCGCUUCAAGUACCGUUAGGCAAUAACCCCCUGACAGUUUGAUGCUCGGCUCUUCUCGUACCUCGUACGAACUAAACUUAGUGUCAGAACUCAGAAUGAUGAUUUACAGUAGGACAGUAGGGAGCGGUAUGAGAUCCCCCAAUUUUCGGCUGGAAAAAAUAACUGAUGAGAUCGAACGGAGAGGUUCGGAGUACACCCCGUGGAUGUAUAAUCCGGUUAGGUUAUACCUGCUUUAUUUUUCUUCUGUUUCAACAUGUCUUUUAUUCAUUUCCUUGAUCUUGUUAAGUGCUAGAUUCGAAUAGAGGAUAUAUAAAGUGUGAUUUUGGUAAAUUAAGGUUCUUUGAGGAGACGAGUUCAACUGUUGCAAAUUCUAUUACAGUACUGUUCGUGAUGCAAUGCUUUCUUCCGUCGGCAAAUGAUAUUGUUAUUUGUUAGAUGGAAAAACUGUAUUGGAUACAAGGGUAUAUCUAAUCGAAAAUGGCUAUCGGAUUUUAGCGACGGCGAACGGGUUCUGGUGGCAUGCAGCAUUUCCCGGCGAUCGGUCAUCGUAUCUCGGUGUUUGGCUGAAUGGUUGAACAAGCUCCAUAUAAAAAAGUUACACAAUCAAUACCAGAAACAAUGAAUAGUUAAAAUCACA